UUUUAUUAUUUAGAUUGUACUCGUAUAUAUAGGCAUCAUUGCCAUCUUAUUUUUAGAAAGUUCUGUUUGUAACUUUGUCAGCUAACGUUUAAUGUAGCGGAAAUGGCUCUUUCCGGAAAAUACACUGUUAUUGAUGAAGAUAACUUUCAAAAUUAUCUCAAAGCAGUCGGAGUUAAUUUUCAGUAUCAUAAAUAUACAAUUGAGUUUCAACAAGAUGGCGAUAAAAUCAAAGUUAACGAAUUUUUCGGCGAGAAAUCUCUUUUGUUCGAAAUUAUCGUAGGGAAGGAAGUUGAGGAAAUGAGUAUAACAGGAAGUAAAAUCAAGAACUAUGCCAUUUUUUUCGAAGACGUCCUAAUUGUAAGAAGAAGUGAUGAGCGAACUAUAAUAUACAACUUUAAGCCGACUGGAGGAGAAAUUAUUCACUUAGCACCGAAUGCAUUUGGAAAACUAAUCUUCAAGAAGGACGAUUAAUCUGACCGAUAAGAAUAUAAGAGUGUACACGAGACAAUAGAUUAUUUGUGUAGAAUUCUUGACUUAAUAAAAUAAUAUUUAAGUA